GAACAGACACACCUCUUCUCGAUUUCUGUGGGUGAUUAAUUAUUGUGACGUCACAGUAUAUUCUGUCAAGAGGAAGAUAUCAAUAGAGUCUGAGAGAGGACAAAAGAUUUCUCAGAAGCCAGCAUAGUCUCACUCAUCAAGCUCGUUCCAACAAUCACAUUCCCACCAAUCAAAAAUGUCACACGAGGGCCCCAGAGACCCUACAUCAUGGACUGAUGUUCAUUUUGCUUUAUUUGUUCUUGUGUAUAUAUCUACAGAUGUUUGUUAUAUCCCACCAUCACCACAAGAAAGACUCUUUUAAAUAACCCCACCCAGCAAAUCAACGAAAUUCUCCAAACCUCAUACUCUGGCGCUUCCCUAGGAAGCUGGAACCUCUGGCUCGCCACCUCCUACACCAACGCACCACGCAAACAAGGCGACCAAUACACAGACGGCACCAAACCACCCAUCCCCAAAGACUGGAACUCACCGUUCCUCGGAAAAUCCAUCACCGAUGCCGUGGAAUUCGUGGAAGGGCUUCCAGAUGAAAGUACGGUUGAUUGGCACCAUUUUGUGAUCGUAGGCGAGGAUUAUUUGAAAAGUGGAAUUGUGAAUCUUUGUAGGAUUGGGGAUGAGGAGUUGAAGGGGAAGGAGGUGGAUGUUUUGCCGUGUAGUGUGGAGCAUGCGAGCUUGACUUUGAUGGGGUUGGAACCGCAUGGGUGGGAGGAGAUUAGGAGUAAUGUUGAAGAUGGGUAUUCUCCGAUUUAG